CCCUGGAGCACCGGACGAGGGCGCCACCCAACAGAAAACCUGGGCCGGCGGCCUCUAGCGAGAUGGCGAGACUGUUGCGCAGCCGCGACUGGUUGCUUGAAACACUUCAAAGCGGAGACUCUCCGCCUAGCGCCCGUCAUGGGCGAGCGAUGCUGUCAAGCUGCGGCGCAGCCAGCAGCUGUCCGCCAGCCCGCUUGUUGCCGUUUAAUAUAACCAGACAGGUCCCACGGAUGGAAACGAUAAUAUCGACGAAGACGCGCUUGCUGAUCGGCAGCUCAUAAUGUGAUUGUUGUUCCCAGGCGGCCUGAGACAACAGCAGUCCAUUUCCUCUCCACCGCGAUCGCUCUACCCACCGGAACCAUAUCUCCGAGCCUAUAAUGGCUACCACGAGCAGCAGGCAGCACCCCAGCAACCAGGACAGCGACGUCGACCUGCACGCGCCUGUCGAUUCAUCACGGCUGGGCCAGCAUGCCGAUGAGACUUCGCCCGGAAACGACGAGCAGGUCUAUGACUUUGCCUCUGAUUCAGGCUUCGACAGCGGCAGCCUUGUGGGCGACGAGACCGACUCGCUCGCCACCAAUAUACUCAACCACCGCAUAGAGAACGGACGGCAGUACCAUGCAUAUCGAGAUGGCGCAUACUGGGGUCCCAACGACGAGCCUGCCAAAGAGAUCCUCGACUUCGCCCACCACAUGUAUCUCCUCACGCUCGACCAAAAGCUUCAUUUGGCACCCAUAUCGAAGAACCCGCAACAGAUCCUCGAUGUCGGCACGGGCACUGGCAUCUGGGCAAUAGACAUGGCAGACCAGCACCCCUCUGCAUCCGUCACCGGCAUCGACCUCUCGCCCAUCCAGCCAGAAUGGGUGCCGCCGAACUGCCACUUCGAAAUCGACGAUGUGUCUCAAGAUUGGACGUUUCCGGAAGACCACUUCGACUUCAUACACAUCCGCGAGCUGUUUGGCUGCAUAUCAGACUGGGAUUUCUUCUUUCAGGAAGCGUACAAGCAUACAAAACCUGGCGGCUGGAUCGAAAUCGUAGAGCACUCUGUUCAGCCUAUGGCAGACGACGGGACAAUGGGACCAGACCACUUCUACCACACUUGGGGCAAAACAGUGAUCGAGAUGGGCGAUCGAUUCGGCAAGAGCUUUACAAUCUGGGAAGAGGCGAAGUUGAUAAUGGAAAGAGCUGGGUUUGUUGACGUUGUCGAAGUGGAGUACAAAUGGCCCAUGAACGGCUGGCCGACUGACAAGACGAUGAAGAACAUUGGAAGGUGGAACCAGCUCAGGUUACAUGAUGGCAUUGAGGGCUUCAUGCUCAGGCUGCUCACCCAGGUUGGUGGCUGGAGCUUGUCAAGAGCGCAGUUGCAUCUGGCGCAGAUGCGCAAAGAGCUGAAGAGCUACAGAACGCAUGCGUAUCUGCCCGGCACCGUCGUCUACGGAAGGAAGCCGCCCAAAACAUGAUCGAAGUCAUUGGCACAGUCAGUCCUUUUGCGAGACGAUUUUCAGCACCCAUGUACGAUUCUGCAGGCGAUGAUACCCACUUUUACCUUUCGAUGUGUCGCAGCCAAAAAGGAGGCAAAAUGUACAUACAUUAGCACCCCUGAAUUGGCUGAUAAAUAGGCAUUAUAUCUGCUGCGACACGAUGAAUAGACGAUCUCAAUGAAUCCUUUUCACACAACUCAGUCAUGGAUAUCCCAUGGUCUUCUAGUCACCAGUUACAAGUCAC